ACGAGAAGCGGCGCGCGGUCAAGUUCAUUACUGCGCAGGACUCUGAAGGAGUCGGAGCACCCUGUUCUCUCCACACACCAGCGAUCGCAUCCCAGACGAGAGAGAGCGAGGCCAUGCCGAUCCGCCGCACCGGGACCCGCGGCGAUGCAGUGUAGCAGCUCGCGACAUCCGUUCCCGCGCUGGAGUAAGCCCCUCCUCGUCCUGGUGCUCCCGCUCCUGGCCGCGGCCUCCUGUCCGGCGCCGCUGCCCCCCUCGGUAGACGACCCGCAAACCAAGGCGCUGCUCAGUCCGGUCGUCUUCGCCGGACGCCUGACCGAGCUCUCGCGUCGCGGCCGGACUGCCCAUUUCGCCGUCGACCGGAUCCUGAGGGCGCCCCGGGAGCUGCCGCACCGGCAGGUCGGCGUCGUCGAGUUCGGGGGGCGCCCGCGGUGCCAGGGCUACCGGGCGGGAGAGGGGGAGCUCCAGAUAGGGGAGCGCUACGUGGUGUUCGCAGCGUGGCACCGGCAGCGCAAGAUGAUAGCCCUGGCCGGACCGGAGCCCUACUCCAAGCGAAAGGCAGUGGCCAAAGUGCUCUGUGCGAACUGUGCCAAAGCACCAACCGUCCGAAAUCUUAAAGACACGAAAGUCGAAAUGAAUUCGAAGUUGAAAUUGAAGUGCAGAAUCUCAGGAAAUCCUCCCCCAAGAGUCACGUGGUUCAAAAAUGGAAUCAGGGUUAAAUCUGAUGGAAGGAUGAAAGUCAGAUCAAAAAGGCGGCAUUCUCAAUUAGUAAUUAGUCAAGUAAACUUUCAAGAUGCAGGGACAUAUGAAUGUUCCGCUAGUAACAUUUUAGGAAAUGCAACCACAUCUGCUACAGUAAUAAUCAACGCAACAACAGACUGGGUAUUCAAGAAAUCACCAUGUCCGAAAAACAACUUUUGCCUUAAUGGUGGCAAUUGCAGCUAUUUUGAAACUGUACAAGAAUACGUUUGUGAGUGUGCGGAAGGAUAUCGGGGCCAAAGAUGUGAAAGUAAAGCUGCCUCCAUAUUUAAUAGUCUCGCACCUGUAGAUGCGCCGAAGGCUCCACAUGAUUUGGACGCCACAACUCACAUGCUGACGCACUACUGGGGUAAAUGAGGGUUGAUUUUGAUUUUUACGAAGAGAAGUAAGCAUCUGCUGGACAGAUAUUUCAGUUAAGUGAGCUGGGCCUCACGCGAAAAACAUACGUCAUGUAUAUAAUCACAUUAUAUUUCAUGCAUCGUGAUGAAAAGGAGGCAAUGAAGGUAUUUGUAAUCUUCUAAACAGUAACUUAUAUUUGAGUCGAGAUUUAAAAAAGAACUACGGACUGGUUUCAUGUGACUGUCACCUGAAAGUAUUACUGUGGUAAUUCACGUCUUGGGACCGCAGCAUUUUAAAGACACUUUGUAUUUUUUCAUAUUGUUUUAACUUAUUUUGGACUAAAUCCUUCCCGGAUCAUUCCGUUAAGGAGUUCUGAAUAUGAAAGGAGCUGUAAUUUUUACAGUAUAGAAAAGUUGGAGUCAUCAGUUAAAGCUUUUUGAAAAGAAGAAAGUUUGUGUAUCUCGCUAAAACGCAUUUCUGAGCUUGAAAGAUUCAUUUUAGAUAAACUACGCAUAUUCAUCAGGUUUCUGUCUUAAUGUUUCAAUCUUGUAGAAAUGAUUUAAUUUUGGAACUUGAACCGAAAAUCAGUUUUGUCUUCUGAAGAAAAUAUUAUUUCCAGCGUAUUGAAAGGAUAAUUAUUCACAAGUGAGAUGUAAAAGAACUACGUAGAAAUACAAGCGUAUUCUUUUCUGCGUAGAAAUAAAAAUUGGUUCGAAAUAAACCAACUAGAAAAAAUGCUUGAAAUAAUUUUUCGAUUUUAAUCAAACGGAAAACAUACUUAAACUACAAUUUGACAUACUGAGAAAUAAGUAAUUUGAUCAGAUAUCUUGAAAUUCCUUGAGGUAAUAUUUAACUUGACUUGGGUAAACUUUAUACCCUUCUGCACAUCGCUCUGCUCAAUGCCAAUUUAUAUACUUUGGAGCUCGUAGAAACAAUUAUGAGCUAUAUUUUAUUGUUUGGGAGUCCGUUGGAAUUAUGAAAAGCAAGUUACAACAUAGCAACUAAUUUUAACACGAUCUAAUUAACAAAUGUCAUCCCAUUUAGCCUUUAUCUUUGUCUUUCCAAAGACAUUGAUAAAAUUCUGAAGCAAAAUUUACCAUUUAACAUUUAUUGCGUCCUUUUUAAUAAGAAUUGUUUCUAAAAAAAACAAGAGAUUCUUGGCUUGUAAGCAACAGAGUAGAAGAGUGAGAAUGCUUUUAAAUUGAAAAAUAAGUAAACUUUCUCGAAAGUAAUAAAUGCUACACAUAUUAUUUUACUUCGAACUGGAACCUGCGAUCCAGCAAUCCUUCUUUUCCUUUAUCUCAAUCAUCGCAAAGCAAAAGACAUUGAAUCAAUAUUGAUUUUUACAUUGAAAAACAUUGUAAAACAACUUUUAGAAAGGUUCAUUUUCUCAUCAGAUUACUGCAUUUUGUAAGAUCUUCAGGAAGCAUAGUUCAUUUGUGUCUAAGAACAACAAAGUGGGCUGUUUGUAAAGACUUUUCAUAGCCUAUCCUACAAGGAAAUUUAAGCAUUCUUUGAUUUUAUUGAAAAUGAUUUCAGUUUUCAUUAAAUUGUUCAACAUGAAAUAUGCUUAAAAAUGGACCAGGCCUAGUAAAUUAUUGAACCGAAUUAACAUAACCUGUUGAGUUAUAUCAUUUUCCAUAAAUCAUUGGCUAUGAAAAACUAUCAUUUUUCACAAUUUUUAGAACUAAAACUGUAAACUCGAAGGCCCGCCACAGUUUGCAUUUAUGAUUCAUCAUGUAUUUCAUCAAGCUUCAGGUAUUAGGAAGGAGUUUAACACAACUUUUUUAGCUGCCGUGUUGAAUUGAUUAUUAUCAAAAGAUGACUAUUUUCAUAUGUAAAUAUUUUGCUACUAUCAGUGUUGUGAAUAUAAGUUUGGAUAAUUGCAACGUACAUGGUAAAAAAUUCAUAUUUUGAAAAAAAAAUGAGA